UUUAACGCGGGAAAAAAGAGCACAGCGCAUUUGGCGCAAGACUAGCACUUCUUAUUAUUAUAAAUAAUUGUACAUAAAAUAGCUACAAUAUGGUGGAACGCAUUGAGGACUUAAAUUUACCAAACGCUGUGAUUGCCCGCUUGAUAAAGGAAGCCAUACCGGAUGGCUCCAAUGUAAGCAAAGAAGCUCGUGCCGCAAUUGCAAAAGCGGCUUCAGUUUUUGCAAUCUUUGUGACUUCCUCCUCGACGGCAUUGGCGCACAAACAAAACCAUAAGACUAUUACAGCGAAGGACAUACUACAAACGCUAAACGAACUGGAUUUCGAAAGCUUUGUCCCGUCGCUAACUCAAGACUUAGAAGUAUAUCGAAAGAUGAUAAAGGAUAAAAAGGAAAGCAAAGCCAAUAACAAGAAGGAUGCCAGUACCGGAGAUGCCGCAGCAAGUAGCAGCUCAGUUGCAGCGGUUGAUGAAAACGGAGACGCUAAUGAAUAAAUCUCCAACUACCGACGCGUCGCGACGCCGGAAAUACUUGUACUGGCUGUUUAAAGUUUAUUUACGAGUAACAUCUAAUUGCAUAUUGUCUAUAGAAAUUUAUUGUUAGUAUUAGUUUUAUAAAUAAAUAAGAAAAGAUAAAAUUAAGGAAAAGAUACAAUA